AUGCCUCAUCCCUCAAAAUCAAGCCGUAUCACGCCUUCAAAGCAGACGCGCAAGACGAGCUCAAACUUCGGUCAAGCGUCUCCAUCUCAUGACAAACACGAGACAGAUUCACUGGAGUCGGUCAAGCGCGAAUUGAUCCAUGCAAUCGAAACCUUUUCGAAGUUUCGUCAGGAAUGGGACGAUCUGGUGUUGAAUAAAAGCUUGAACCUCAUCAUCAAGAUUAUGGAACUGGAAGCAGAAAUUCGAUCUACAGUUGAGAACUCUUGUUUUUUACAAAAAUGUGCCGAAGACCAGGUGGUACUAGAAGAUGGGUACGCUUGGAAGCAGUUCUGUAAAAUGAAUGGGCAUUGUUCCGAAUUGGAAGCUCGGUUGGGUGAUAUGACGAAACUGGAGUCAAAAAUUCAAAAGGCUAAUGAUCAUUUCGAGGAACUCGUUCAAAAGAGUUGCGCUUCGCACGGCAUGAAAACAAUUUUUGAUACCCCGGUGGGAUUAACCUGGCCCUUGCCUCGAUUUUGUGAUCACUUCAUCAGUCUAUCGAGCCACUACAUCCAUUCACUCCAAUUCCAUCAUUCCCUAUGUGAUGUGAUCGUCUCCCAGGACACCUCAGCGUCCGAGAAACAAGCUGCAGUCAGCUACUGGGCUUGCCAGCCACUAAUGUAUGAUAAAAAUGACUUGAAAGACCUGUUGGAGGUCGAAUUUCCGAAUGCCUUCAAUGGCCCCAACUCAACACCACGAAAACCGACACAAACUAAACGUUAG